AUGUCAGUACUUGAUUCAGACACAAAUGCCAACCCCGGGCGACUGAAUAGUUUGUUCGAUCCAGCGACAACGAUCAUUACCCCAGAUGGCAGCCUCAGGCACCAGCAUGAUAUCUAUCCGUUGCGUCAUUCCUCGAAGCUCCAACCGCGUUGCGCCGAUGAGCCGAUCAUGAAAUAUGCGGCUGCUAUCUCAAGAACGGCUGGUCACCCGCUAGCCCGGCGCUCCAUUCGGCAGGAUGCCACUCAUUUCACCCUCCGAACAUAUCACUCGUCCCAAAAGAACUCGAGAUCCAUCCUCGAGCCGCGCCUGGAGGACCAUGGCCGGGUCAUCCACGACCAGUACUCGGUAGUCCGAGAUCACUACGAUACCCCGAAACACCCUGUCGUCCUGGCCCACGGUUUGCUUGGCUUUGAUGAGCUUCGGCUUGCGGGUCGAUACUUUCCAGGCGUGCAAUACUGGCGCGGGAUUAGAGAGGCGUUGACGGCGCAGGGCGUCAAGGUUAUUACGGCUACAGUACCGCCGUCAGCUUCUAUUGAGGAACGGGCGGAGGAAUUGGCGCGAGAAAUCGAAGCCGGGGCGCGGGGGAAGGAUGUGAAUAUCAUUGCUCAUAGCAUGGGGGGCCUUGAUUCUCGAUACAUGAUUAGCCGUCUCCAACCGCAGAAGUUCAAAGUGUUGUCACUCACUACAAUUGCGACGCCCCAUCGAGGCUCCGCCGUUGCUGACUUUUGUUUGGAUCAAAUCGGAGCCGAGCGCCUACCGCAGAUAUACUAUACCCUGAACAAACUAAACAUCGAGACUGGCGCCUUCGCACAGCUGACCAGAAAGUACAUGUCCGAAACCUUCAACCCAAACACGCCAGAUCUAGAUGGCGUUCGAUACUUCUCCUACGGCGCAUCCGUCAAACCAAGUCUAUGGUCUGUAUUCCGACUCUCACACCGCAUCCUGGCUGAAGCCGAAGGUCCCAAUGACGGCCUUGUUAGCGUGGCUAGUAGUCUCUGGGGUGGAGAAGCGGGAUAUAAGGGAACUUUGGUGGGCGUCAGCCAUCUUGAUCUGAUCAAUUGGACCAAUCGGUUGAAGUGGCUGGCGGCGGAGGUGACAGGUAACCCGCGAAAGUUUAAUGCUAUUGCGUUUUACUUGGACAUUGCAGAUAUGUUGGCGAAUGAGGGUCUUUGA